AUGGCCUCCAUCAUGUCCCCGGUGGACGCGGUCUCCCCAUCUGACCUGUUACAAUAUUUGCCAACAUAUCAGGUCUUAAUCUGCCUCCGUUGCCGCUACGCCAUUCAACCAGGCGCCGUGGGGCGCCAUCUCAAGGAAAUCCAUGAGGUUCAUCGCGUAUCGCGUCAAGCCUUCGUUAAGUAUGCCUCCGAAUUCGAGCUGGCCCAGCCUAAUGAUGUCGUCUCGCCCGAUGCCGACCAAUUUCCGGUGCCGUUGCUUCCAGUCCAGGAUGGAAUAGCCUGCUGUCAUGACGGAUGUUCUUACCUUUGUGCUACGACCAAGCGGAUGAAGCAGCACUGGCGGCUCGCACACCAAACUCCCGCCGCGGAGGGGAACAACUUGUGGAAAGCAGUACCAUUACAAACCUUCUUUCGGGGAAAUGCGCUGCGCUACUUCACUAAUCCGGCAUGCCUGGUUUCAACGCCCGCGUCCGUGUCUGACAGCUCUGAUGCGCUGACGAAUGACACAUUCCCUAGUACGACGACAGCAACCCCGACCUUCAGUGAAGCAUGUCUGGACCCCUAUCAAUCGGUGAUCACAAGCGAUGAAGGCUUGCUCGAUUAUUAUCGAAGCUAUACCUACAAGAUCCUCUCAUGUACACCGGAGACUCAAGACGCAUUUGGGGUCACUGUGGUCGAGCUUGCCUCUCGAUUUCCCUUUCUGCUGCAAGGGGUAUUGGCCUGUUCGGCCCUCCAUCUAGCUUCCAUCGACCCCGAUCAUCGAACAUAUUACACAAUCCGGUCUAUGCGACACCAGGAUCAAGCACUACCCGCUUUCCGAUGGGCCUGCAUGCAUGUCGACCUCGACAAUUGUCAAGCAGUGCUGGCCUUUUCGUUCUUCCUGGUUAUCUGUACCCUGAGCUCCCAGUCCGAGGAACCAAAACUAUUUCUCACCGAUGAUGAUGGGGACCAGUCGCAUUGGAUCAACCUUCUCCGCAAUGGCUGCGCCAUGCUCUGCCCGGUCUGGGACGAACUCACCCGUGGCCCGGUCGCUCCCUUUACGGCCCUGUGGCGGGACGACCUAGGAGUCACGGCAGACGCUAAUGACCCGCUUCUGGUCACUUUGCUAUCCGUAGCCCCAGAACACGAACCCGAAUAUCCGGUCUAUCGUGAUUCGGCAGUAAAAUUGGUCGAAGCGAUCGAAUUCAUCAAGCAACGCGGACAGUCGUCAACGAUAUGGGAUGUUCUCAAUUCCUGGCCGAUACGUGUUAUGCCCGAGUACCUCGCUCUCUUAAAACGGGAUUUUCCGGGCGCUUUACUACUCUUAGCCUACUAUGCGAUCCUUCUGCGACCUAACCGUGGUGAAUGGUUUUUAGAAGGUCGGUCUCAAAAAUUGCUGGACGAAAUUGCACGACGAUUACACGGGAAUUGCUCACCGCAGAUCUGGGACUUGUUUACUAAGGUUGAGUAUACCUACUUUUUAUGA